AUGCCUCGUGGUAGUUUAUACUCGUUUGAUCCGAUACAAUUCGAUGAAUAUAAAUAUAUGGAAGAAAAUGAUGAAUAUAAAAAGCUUUUCAAAACAUUUAAUAGAGCUUUUAAAGGACUGGUAAAUAAAGUAAUAGAAUUUUCACAACAAAAUUUACUAAAUAUUAAACUAAAUCCUGAUCAAGCUGAAGUUAUUGCAAAUGAAUUAAAAGAGUAUGAUAUAAUUGUCGAAAAAUCACAAACAAAGAUGAAAAUGCAAGAGGUAAAGAAACUGGAUAUAUUUUUGAAACUUUCCGUUUAUUUCUAUUAGCGUUUCCAAAUAGGGAGCAAAAAUAGUAAAGUAUUAAGUAAUCGCCAUUUAACUCUUG